AAGACAGGCAGAAGGAGAGCUGCACUCGCUUCCGUGUUUGUGUGAUCAGGGAGUGCACGGCUGGAGGAGCUUAACUGUUUCAUUCAUUUGUAAAGAGUAACGUUAAGAAAGUGACCAGCAGGGAAAAUGUCGCUUGAACUGAAACAUGUAUUUGCCAGUCUCCCACAGAUGGAGAGGGGAGUUGCAAAAGUGAUUGGCGGUGAUCCCAAAGGCAACAACUUCCUGUAUACCAAUGGGAAGUGUGUCAUCAUCCGGAAUAUUGAAAAUCCGGCUAUAGCAGACAUUUACACCGAACAUGCCCAUGCAGUUACUGUUGCCAAGUAUGCCCCCAGUGGAUACUACAUUGCAUCUGGAGAUGCAUCAGGAAAGGUCCGUAUCUGGGACACCACCCAGAAGGAGCACAUUCUCAAGUACGAGUACACCCCUAUUUCAGGCAAGAUCAAGGACAUUGCAUGGACCGAGGAUAGCAAGAGGAUUGCUGUCGUUGGGGACGGACGAGAGAAGUUUGGAGCUGUGUUCCUGUGGGACUCUGGCUCCUCAGUGGGGGAAGUUUCUGGCCACGCCAAAUUAAUCAACAGUGUUGACAUAAGGCAGAAACGCCCUUACCGCCUUGCCACUGCCAGUGAUGACACCUGUGGGUCCUUCUUCGAGGGGCCUCCCUUCAAGUUCAAGUUCACAUUACGAGAUCACAGCCAGUUUGUCAACUGUGUUCGUUUCUCUCCAGAUGGAAGUCGGUUUGUCACAGCUGGCGCUGAUGGCCAGAUAUUUGUCUAUGAUGGAACGAAUGGUGAGCUUGUUUGCUCACUGGGUGGAGAGAAGGCCCACAAAGGAGGAGUAUAUGCUGUCAGCUGGAGCCCUGACAGUUCCCAACUGAUCUCUGCCUCAGGGGACAAGACGGUGAAACUCUGGGAUGUUGGUGCAGGUACGGCCGUCACCACCUUCAACCUGGGCACUGAUGUGACAGACCAGCAGCUGGGCUGCCUGUGGCAGAAAGACCACCUCCUCACCAUCUCCUUGUCGGGAUACAUCAACUACCUGGACAAGAACAACCCUGGCCGGCCUAUACGCACCAUUAAGGGUCACAGCAAAUCCAUCCAAUGUCUGACAGUUCACAAAAAGGACGGGCGACCAUACAUCUACUCAGGGAGUCACGAUGGACACAUUAAUUACUGGGAUGCAGAGACCGGAGAGAACGACUGCUUCUCUGGGAAGGGCCACAGCAACCAGGUGAGCAAGAUGGUGACCGACGAAGCCAACGAGCUGGUGACAUGCAGCAUGGAUGAUACACUGCGCUACACCAACAUCAACAAGACGGAGUACAGUGCCUCUGAUGUGGUGAAGAUGGAUUUCCAGCCUAAAAGUGUGUCCGUAGCAGCAGGAGGGCUGUCCCUGGCUGUGUGCAUUGGGCAGAUUGUCUUGCUGAAAGAUAAGAAGAAAGUCUUCACAUUGGACAAUCUUGACUAUGAACCAGAGGUUGGAGCUAUCCACCCUGGGGGCACCACUGCUGUUGUGGGCGGAGCAGAUGGGAAAAUCCAUCUGUACUCCAUUCAGGGCAACACUCUGAAGGACCAGGGUAAAACUAUUGAAGCUAAAGGGGCGAUUACAGACAUGGCCUACUCUAAUGAUGGAGCCUAUCUGGCUGCCGUAGAUGAUAAGAAAGUCGCCACAACUUUUACUGUGGCUGAUGGCUACUCGGUCAAAGAUGAGUUUUACGGACACCAUGCCAGACCUGUGACUUUGGCCUGGUCACCUGAUAAUGAGCACUUUGCGACUAGUGGGAUGGACAUGAUGGUGUUUAUCUGGACGAUUGGGGAUCCAGACAACAGGAUUAAGCUGGCAGACACUCACCGGUUGCACCAUGUUAGUGGCCUGGCCUGGGUCAAUGAGCACACUCUAGUCACCACCUCCCAUGAUGCCAGCAUCAAGCAGUGGACUGUUAAAUACUGAGCUGCAAGCAGACAAACAUCCACAUCUCCAGGGACAAGGACUACUGUAGAAUUCAAUCUUUCCUUCUUCUGUUUUCAUUUUUUUUUUUUUUUUUUUUUUUUUUUUUUUAAACUGUAUUUUCACUAUAUAUACGGUGUUCUAUGCUGUCUGUAAACAUCUGAAAUUGUGAAUUGAUAUGGCUGGGGAAAGCUCCCAUAAAAAAUAAUCCAAGACAUGUCUCUUUCAUGUGGAUAACCUCAAUUUACACAGAGACAAAUAUUUGAAAUAUAUGAUGUAACCAAGAGUUGUUUUACAUCUCUUUGAGCUUGAUGGACCCACAGUAAUAUUUGUAAGCUCAACAUUCCAUAGAUAAUAGCUUUCACUCAGUUUAAACCAAAAUCCUUGUCUGUGGUUUGGCUCAAUGCAUCCUAACUUAAUGGAUAAACUAAAAGCGAGUUUCUUUCUUUUUUUUUUUUUUUUUUUUUU